CUUUAUGUUAUUUGGACCCAAUAAAGCUAUACAUCUUCUAACUAAUAAUUUUAAAAUUAGCAUAGGUCAUGACCCCAUUCCACUUGUUUAUGAUCAUAAAAACUUGGGACUGUGGAUUGAUUCUGAAGUUAGGUUCACAAAACAUAUUUCUCAACUGUGUCAAAGCUUAUACAACGUGUUAAGACAAUUGUAUCCUAAUAGGGAUAUACUUUCACCUAAACUUAAAUUAAAAAUGUGUGUAUCACUCAUUGGGUGGUAUUAAUAAAACCUGAGUCUGAGCACAGAGCAAGUGCUCGGAGUAUGAGGGCAGAGUCUGAGCUUUUACUCGUGUUGGUAUAAAUAAACACAAGCUGAGUAUUUGCUAUACUUUCGAGCUUAAACUCAAUUAUCGUGAGCAUAUGCACCGUACGGCGUGGCGCCGGCGUGUUUUGGCUACAGCUAAAAAACAUGUCUUAAUUUGCAAGAUGUAACCACAACAAAUUAUGAAUUAGGAAUAUUACAGGUCAGUGGUUUCUUAGCGGUCGUUGACUUGUGUGAUUCUGUGAUUUUAAAAUGAAAACUAACAACGAUGAUAUAUCUGAUGUGGCAUUUGUUCAGUUACUGAAAAAACAUAAACAUAUAUUAAAUAAAUCUCAAGUGCCAGCUGCGAAGCAAAAAAAGGAAAGUUCCUUAAGUCAACUGAAAAAUGAAUUGCAGCAAAACUAUGGAGUAGCUAUGACAGAGGGCCAAAUAAUGAAAAAAGUGAAUAACAUGAAAACCCGUUUGAAGAAAAACAUUGAUUUGAAGCAGACUGGAAACGUACCCAUCAUACUAAACGAAUGGCAGAAGCUUCUCAAUGAAAUACUUGAGGGAGAUUCUAAUCCAAGCAUCAAACGAUUAGACGGAGCUGUUUCACUUGGAGUCGCCUCUUCAAUAUAGAUGGAUGAAUCACUACAGUCAGGACUUGAGCUAGCCCUCGAUAGACCUAGUACUAGUUCCAGCCAAAAUCCGUCACCUAAACGUCCAAAAUUCCUAGUUAAAUCUAGUACUGACAGUCUCGGAGAACUGGAAACAGUCGAGACAAGAAAACUAACCACUCCACAACUACAAUAUCUUGUUUUGUUAGAGCAGCUUCAGGUACUGAUAUUGAAGAAAGAAAAGUUGUUUAAAGACCAAGGGAAAGUAGAAGAAAAAAAUUACCACACAUGUAGAUGAUGAUGGUACAGUAUUUCGG